UUGCAUCAAUGGUAAGUGAGGUGACCAAUACUAAAAACCCUGAAUAGUGUUUAACUGUGUUGUUACUUUCACUUUUACUUUCUUAGUUUGUGUCAGCGAAUCAAGAUGUUUAAACUUGAGCAAUACUUACUUUUCCUGCUUUUUCUGACCGCUAUAGCCACGCUAAGAGCGGCUGCCCCGAGUACAACUAGUACAACAGAAAGACCUGCGAUAUCAGACGAAACUUUGGAUGCUACGUUGAAUGACAAGAGGUAUCUCUUAAGGCAGUUAAAGUGUGCCAUUGGUGAAGCUCCGUGCGACUCUGUUGGUCGUAGAUUAAAAAGUUUGGCACCUCUAGUUCUACAAGGUUCUUGUACACAAUGUACACCUCAAGAACAGAGACAAAUCCGGAAGGUUCUAGGAUAUAUGCAGGUCAACUUUCCCAAAGAAUGGAAUAAAAUUUUAAGACAAUACGCUGGUUGAUUGGAUGCAACCAAAUUUCAGUAUUCUAAACAGACCCAAAGAACAUAUAAAUAUUUUAUUUUGCAGUAUUUUUGUAGUUUCUGUUUGUAAAAAAUAUAUGUAUAUAAUAUAAAAUCAGAUGGACAUUAUUUGUAAUACUAAUGUUAAAAAUAAUUAAAUAACUACAUAAUAAAAUAUAUCCCAUUAAUAAA